UUCCCAAUUUUGUUCACUAAUUUCCCCAAUGAGAGCGGCCUUGGCGUUUCUUUCAUCACACCUCUCAAACUUAUGCCGCUCCCUCAGUCCCUCCUCUUCUUUUCCAAUAACUGACUAUUCCCUUCUCCGUCUCAGUCUAUCUCUUAGCGCCUCUUAUACUCUCAAAAUCACUCAUAUAUAUACAUAUAUCCAUCUUUCUUAGGCCUCACAAAAUAUUUACUCUUCAUGCAAUGGCAAUUGACUGCAUCUCCAAGAGAGCCUCCAUGCCACACCAUCCGAAAGAUGAAAGAAAAGAUGAGCAAGAACAACUGGUUUUUGAUGCCUCUCUGCUUAAACUCCAAUCCCACAUACCAAAACAAUUUAUAUGGCCUGACGACGAAAAGCCUGGCGCUAAUGCACCGGAACUCCAAGUACCCCUCAUUGACCUAGGGGGCUUCCUGUCUGGUGACCCUGUUGCUGCAAUGGAAGCUUCAAGGCUUGUCGGCAAGGCAUGCCAGCAGCAUGGUUUCUUUCUUGUAGUUAAUCAUGGAGUCGAUGCAACACUCCUGGAUGAUGCUCAUAAGUACAUCGAUAACUUCUUUGAAUUGCCACUCAAUGAAAAGCAAAGGGCUCAGAGAAAACUUGGUGAGCACUGUGGAUAUGCUAGUAGCUUCACUGGCAGAUUCUCCUCCAAGCUGCCUUGGAAGGAAACACUUUCUUUUCAAUAUUCAGCUGAGAAAAACUCAUCCAAGAUGGUUGAAGACUACCUUGUUAAUAAAAUGGGAGAUGAAUUCAGGCAUUUCGGGAGGGUUUACCAGGAGUACUGCGAGGCCAUGAGCAAGCUUUCUCUAGGGAUCAUGGAGCUUUUAGCCAUUAGUCUGGGUGUAGGCAGAGCACAUUUCAGGGAAUUUUUUGAGGAAAAUGAUUCAAUAAUGAGGCUGAAUUACUAUCCGCCUUGCCAAAAACCAGACCUCACUUUAGGAACAGGGCCUCAUUGCGAUCCAACGUCUUUAACUAUCCUUCACCAAGACCGAGUUGGUGGUCUUCAAGUGUUUGUAGACAAUGAGUGGCGUUCAAUUAGCCCAAAUUUCAAAGCUUUUGUCGUUAACAUUGGCGACACCUUCAUGGCUCUGUCAAAUGGGAGAUACAAAAGUUGCUUGCACCGGGCGGUUGUGAACAGCCACACCCCAAGAAAAUCUCUUGCUUUCUUUUUGUGCCCGAAGGGUGAUAAAGUGGUUACCCCACCAAAAGAGUUGGUUGACGAAUACAGCCCCAGAGUAUAUCCAGAUUUUACAUGGCCUAUGCUGCUUGAAUUCACACAAAAGCAUUACAGAGCUGACAUGAACACUCUUGAAGUAUUCUCAAACUGGGUUCAACAGAGAAACAGCUGAACCGGUUUUGUCUCUACUGUCUGUUAAAGAUGUCAUUACAAAACAGACCUUGGCAUAUCACUGGCCUUUCUGCCAAGAAAAUAACAUUGAUGGGAGGAGAGAAAACUGAUUGAAGAGUUGGGAUUUUUGCUACAAGUUAAAAGGAAGACUGAAAGGCAAAGUUUGAGGAAAAUGCCUUUUUUUUUUUUUAUGUUGAUGGUGUCAUGUGAUAAACCUUUUAGUGAUGAACAAAAAGGCAAGACAAGAGAUACUACGAACCCAAUAAGGAGCUCGAUUAGCUAAACUUUUUGUAUCUCUAUUGAUAAUAUAAAAAGGCCAUCAAUAGA